AUGGCCGAGUGGGGCAGUCUAAUUGCCUUUCAAACCUCUCAUCAUAGUUUCUUUUCCCCAUCCAACAUGAUUCCGCGCCAUAAGAGGUCGCUCUCCUCCGAGCACCCGUCGUUACCCUCUGACCGAACCGUCAUUAAAGCGAAGUCCACCACCAAUCUCUCGGAGAUCGCCUCUUCGAAUACUUCUAAUGGGACACACAACUCUGGGUUUGACGAAAGCAGUUUUAGCACCUUGCAGGACCCACGAUUGAUGGUCGGGUCGGAGGUCUCACAUUCGACGUCAUCGUCUCAGCACCCCGAUUUGAGCAACGAAGUAGCAGCAUUGUCUGUGAAACUGAUCCAAGCCAUCAACAACCAAACAAACCUCGAUGAUAACCUGGUGGCUACCCGUCAAGAGUUAGAGUUAGCCCAGGGCAAGAUUCAAGCCCUGGAGUUCCAGAAUGAGAAGUAUCGGCGGGACAUUGACAACAAAGUCUAUAUUAAAAAGGCGGACUCUGAUCGCGAAAUAUCGCAACUACGGGAUACCUUAGCGGAAGAAACGACACAGCGUCUCGCCGCUGAAAAGGGCAAGAAGACCAUUGAGCAAGAGGUGGAAACUCUUACUGCGGCUCUUUUUGAAGAAGCCAAUAAGAUGGUGGCUGCAGCUAAGAUCGAACGCGAGGCGGUGGAGAAGAAGAAUGAGCAGUUGCGUUCACAAGUUAAAGACACGGAGUUGCUCCUGGCAUCGCACCAGGACCAGCUUGCCGAGCUCAAGUCUGUCAUGCAAGCCAUGAACAUUCAAAAAGACGACGCGCCAGGUUCUAGUAAUCAAGAGCCAGAGAUUGAUCCCGUUCCAGUAUUGAUUGACAAUCCCGAGGAGCUCACUCCGGGCCCUUCCACCAGCUUCCCGCAGUUCCUCCGCAUGGUAUGCCGCACUGAUCUGCAGGCUUACGAUGAUUUCCGCGAUUUACUGGUACUUUCUCGGAGCUCCAAACCUCCUAGCCGUGCUGCUAGUGGAUCAUAUGGAGGCCUGAACGUGAUGGGACUAGCAAGCUUUGCUAGUGGAGGAUCUCCGUCGUCGACCUCAUCACCUACCAAAGGGUUUGCCCACUCCCCCAAUGGCAGCACAUCCUCCACAACGGGAUCUCAUUUUGCAUUGAAGGAAACUCGUUUCUACAAGCGGGUGCUCGUGGAGGACAUUGAACCUACAUUGAGACUAGAUCUAGCGCCGGGGAUCUCAUGGUUGACCCGACGUACCGUCCUCAGCAGCAUCUGCGAAGGCAGUCUUGUCGUCGAGCCAAUGCCCCCGUCAUCGAAGAAAUUUGAAUUCCCCUGCUCUGUCUGUGGUGAGCGCAGACCCGGCACGCCUAACGAGAGAACCCAUCGUUUCCGAACAUCAGAUAGCGAGACCGCUCAAAGGUACUCACUUUGUCUUCUUUGCUUAGAACGAGUGCGCUCGUCUUGCGAGUUCACUGGUUACUUGCGUCUCAUCCUUGACGGACAUCUUCGGGCUGGCGAUACCGAAGAAGAAAAGGAAAUCUGGGAUGAGACCGUCCGCCUCAGAGAGAGGAUGUUCUGGUCGCGUAUCGGAGGAGGCAUCAUCCCCUUGUGCAAUCGCUCUAGCGAACCAGAGGUGGUGCUGGCCAGUACAGAGUUCAAUAGUGGCGCCGUCGGGGACGAUGAUGACCGCUAUCUCCAUCCUGUGGAUGUUACUCACCUCGAGCCCAGGACGGAGAAAGUAUAUCCAGCGGAUGAAAUUGCACCGCAAACACCGGUCACAGAAUCUGCUACCGAGCACAUAACCCACCCUGAUCUUCCUCGACCUCAAAGUUCUAUCUAUGAAAGGGACGAUGCUGCUUCCCUGAGUGGCUCAGAACGCAAGCGCUUUUCUAUCGACUCAGCAGCAAGCGUGUAUGAAGAAGCUAGUGCUGACGUGGAUGCCAAUCUCACGCCACCUGUCGACAAUGAGCCCUCAAUCGCUCCUAGUCGAGACGCAGACACAGCCAUCGCCAAGCCCAAUGGUUUGAGCAACCCUUGA